AUGGCAGGCCCAAUCGACACAGCAGCCGCUGCCUUCAACAAGUUUGUCUUGAUAUGGUUUCGAAUCUAUCAAAUGGUCCUCGCCAAGAUUCUCGCGCCAGACCCUCCACCUCCUGGAAAGACACUACGAAGACCUCGUAUCGCUAUCGUGGGAGCAGGACUUACAGGUGUCUCUGCUGCAGCACACUGUGUCGGUAAUGGCUUUGACGUCCACAUCUUCGAGGCAGGUCCUCGUGAACACCUGGGAGGGAUCUGGGCAAAAGUCAACAACACGUCCGGUCUCCAGAUUCACUCGGUCAUGUACCGCUUCUUCCCAACCGUAUUCUGGAAUAAAGGCUACCCUAAUCGCAAAGAAAUCGUUGAGCAGAUCGAAAAGGUCUGGAAGACAUACAAUCUAGAAGAAAAGACGACAUUCGAGCACAAAGUCAACUCGGUUGAAGAAGACGACAAAGGCCGAUGGAUCAUCAACAACAACUCAGACGAGAGGUACGAUGGAAUCAUCGCCGCGGUCGGCAGUUGUGGUGAUCCCAAAAUGCCACACAUCCCCGGGCAAGAGAAAUUCAAGGGUCAAAUCUAUCACUCGAGUGAGCUUGACGGCAAGGACGUCAAAGACAAAACUGUCCUCAUCAUAGGUGGAGGCGCAAGUGCCAUUGAGGCCAUGGAGUUUACCACAAAAGCAAAGGCUAAGAAGGCGAAGAUCCUCUCGCGAUCUGAGAAGUGGAUCAUCCCGCGCAACCCUGUUAUAGACAUGCUACUCUCCUUCAACGUCUUCGGACAGGAGACUGUCUUCUCGUGGAUUCCGGAGAGACUGCUACGCAAGUUCUUUUACCGUGAUCUCGCAGAUAUUUCACCUCCACCUGGAUCGGCUGGUCUGUUCGAAGAGACGCCUAUGGUCAACAAUGACGUCUUGGAGCAGAUUCGAUCUGGCAAUGCUGAAUGGCUACGAGGCGAUAUCCUAGAAGUGGAAGAGAACGGCAUCAGAUUCAACCGCCGCCAACAAGGCGUUCCUAAGAAUGGUCCUGGAUAUGAGAAGGUGGAAGAAGGUGAAGUCAUCAUCAUGGCAACAGGAUACAAGCGUCCUAGUCUGAGCUUCUUACCCGAAGAGUGUUUCGCCGAGCCCUACUCUGCGCCCAACUGGUAUCUCCAGACUUUCCCUCCGCAGCACAAAUCCAUCUGUGCCAACAACUGCACCUACGUUGGCGGCAUUGGCACUGUGGGAAACUUCCACAUCGGCAUCUACACCCGUAUCCUGCUCAUGUUCCUCCUCGAUCCACUCACCAGGCCAUCAACGUAUUGGAUGCAAUUCUGGGUCGAUAUGACCAGAUGGUUCAAAGCUCGUGCCCCGACUGGCGCAUUCGACUUUUUCACCUACAGCGAAUUGUUGUGGUGGUUCUUCUUUUGCGUGACCAUCAAUCCGUUCAGAUGGAAGUGGGCCAUCUUUGUGUUUACCGGUGUAGGUAUCGGGCUGCCUCUGAACGUGGUCGAAAAAGAGGAUAAGAUCAGAAAUGGACUCGGCAGGCCGGCUGAUCACAAGACGCAUACCUACUAG